GUGAGAAAAAUCCACUAUCCAGCACUUGGUAUUUGCAUGGCUAAAAUUUUAUUGUUGAAAAAUGUCGCGAGAUAAAAGUGUUUGGUUUGCAGAAGAGAUCCUCUUAGAUGCUAAGCUUAUCAACUUUCAACUGGAGACAGGCGAGUGGGAUGCCGUUGAGGAGAUGUUGCGGGCCGAGGCGCAGCUUUCUCGAGAUGCGGAGACCGGACGAUUGCGGCCUAAAAAAGCAUCAGAGUACACCCUCCGUCUCAUAGCUGAAGUGCUCCAUAUCAUGCGGUUAGAUGUGGAGCAGGCCUCUUACAACCGCAGCACCCUUGCUGUAGCCGAGCAAUGCCUACGUCUCGUCCGCUCCUGCGGAGCAGCUGGCACCAAAAUGCAAACAUACAUCUCAAAAGAACUCUCCAUUUUAGACUCCAUGCUGAUUUUAGCUACCGAAUACCAACAUCCAAGUGUUGACUUCCUAAAUGAAGAGUUACAGAAGAAAUAUGAAUCCUGUAUGACAGUAUUAAUCCAAACGCUUGGAAAUUUAGUUGUCAACAAUCCAUUUAACCAAAUCAUGAUUUGGAAUAAAUUCGACACAAUAAUUCUCAAUUCCUUAGUCAGUCCUAAUGACAAGAUAUCUUCCGCUGCAGCCAUGAUUGUUUACAAUAUAUUAUUGGGACAACCUAAUGUGUUACCAGAUGACGUAAUGCUGCUCAAUUCUCUAGCUUACAUGUAUAGCAAUGGCAACACUGAAUACCCGCAUUUAAUUAUAGAAUACUUAAUCGGUGUUGAGAACACAUAUAUAGAGAAGUUAUACUCAAAAUUGGAUCCGGAAUGCAGAAUGCUAGUUUUAAAUCUGGCAUACAACAUUUUGAUGUCUACGGAGUCUCAGGAUAUUAAUGUAUCGGUGAAUUUUGUGAAGUUUAUGGCGCAUGAGUUUAAAACUAAAUCGGACAGUAUUUUGAAGACGGUGGACAAGUAUGUGAACACUAUAGAGCCACAGGAAGUAGUGUUUCUGCUUGAGAUUAUUGCAACAGCUUCAAGUAUGGAUACUUAUAUGGAUUGCUUGCAGAGUGAUACUUCUUUGUUUAUUAAUUGCGCAUUCCUGCUACGCGCCAUCCACAAGCUGGGCAAGGAAAGCAGCAACUUCUUCUCGUCCAUCAACAAGUUGUAUGAAGCUACAGGCCGUCAGCUUAUUAACGAUGAAAACGCUUUCAACACUCCGCUACCAGAAAUUCCGUUGACUAAAAACGACUCCGCCGACAACAUGGUCUCCUGCAACGAGACCACAUCCGAGUGCACGGAGUCCGAGAGCAGCGAGCAGUUCUUCGAGUGCAACGAGAUACCCACCUUCGAUCGCUUCGAGCCCGCGGAACCGCCCAAACUAGACAACCCAGACGCGAACAACGGAAACGCCAAUGUAAAAAUCGACAACGAUUUAACCAAAGUAGCCUUUAAAAGAAGCAGCUCAGUGCCAAAACCGGACGACCGAAUAACAGUUCUCCCCAUGCGAAGGGUAAGUCUAGAACAUAAAAUAGACAUCGGAGAUGACACCGAACCUCCACUAAUCAUAGAUGCAAUGUCACCGAAUGGCAACAUGAAUACUAUCGCAGAAGUGAUACCGGUAGCUCUCCAACCUAGAUUAGAAUUGCAGCCUACAAGCCAAACGGAGUCCCAAGACAGCUCUCCCAACGACCCACCUACAGAGAUACAUUUACCAAAAGAAGAAUUAAAGAGCGAAGUCAAAGCGUCUCCUAGUGAAAUCUCACCACCGUUAGCCGAUAACCCUGCAGAAGCAGAAUCACAAAAACAGUCCCCGGACACACCAAAAGAAGUCAAGAAAAGUCAGAAUUUGUCAACGGACUUUGACUUAAGCGAGCAAUUGCAGAAGAUUUUGGGUAUAUCGGAGAAGCGAGUGGAUCCUAAUGCGGAGAAAAAGGAACCGGUGAAGGAGGUGAAGAUAUCAGAGGAUAAUGUGGUGGUGAAUAAGGUGCCGUCGGUGAAGAUUGAUUCCCCUGAGAGCCAGAAGACCAGGUUGGGAGCAGUUGACAUGACAACUAGCAAAACCUUGUACACGAGCGUGGAGACAGUGGAGCGACACGUCGCCUUCGGUUUCAAAGCUGGUUUAGUGAGAACGCUGGCCAACCUCUGCUGGAAGAACCAGGCUAACAAGAAACAGAUGCGAGACUUGGAAGUCAUCCCAGUGUUGCUGGAUUGCUGCAACAUCGACGCACGGAAUCCACUUAUAAUGCAAUGGGUCAUCUUCGCCGUGCGCAACCUUUGUGAAAACUGUCCCGAAAAUCAGGAGGUGAUAGUGAAAAUGACGCUUCAAGGGCCAGUCGACAACGAGGUCCUUAAAGACAUGGGUCUGACGCUCAACACAGACGGACAAGGGAACACCAUCAGACUAGCGCCGUACCCUAGAUAAAAUAUACAGGGCGCCUAAAUAUACACGAUGGCUAAAAAAUAAGUGCAUUCCCGUUACCAGGGAGGUUUUGGUAUUAUACUGAGCAACUUUUACUAUGGGACCAACCACGAAAUCGCGAAAAAAAAUGUACCCUCCUGUUCAGGCAUAAUAAAACACGUCUAUCGGCUAUAUAAUUCAAAUGACGCGGGAAAACGCCGUCGUUGCGCCGAUCGCGCGACAGUCACGUCGCUCUCCGGUGAGCUCCGCCCGUGGCUAAAAAGGGAAACCAGUCGCAAGAGAAAACAAAAUACGGGCGGCAGGUUUUAGCUGUCGCGCUGUAAUAAAAACGUUUUUGACCUGUGACGGUUCUGUGUAAACACGUGUUAAGGAACUCGGAAAAUUAAAUUUAAGAACCAACGAGAGCGGGGGCUCUGCCCCUUGCCCCAUUGAAGCCGGCUUCGAGGUGGUUAGCAACAGGUAAUUACCGUGUUAUUUAUUUGUUUAGUUGAUGAUGUGUAUUUGCCUGAACAUGGGGUUUAUAAGAGUAUAGUUAUUAACACCUCCCAUAGCAAAUGGACCAGCCAAAAUGACAUUUUCAGGGUACAUUUUUUUUCGCGAUUUCGUGGUUGAUCCCAUAGUAAAAGUUGCUCAGUAUUAUCCCAAAACCUCCCUGGCAACGGGAAUGCAUUUUGUAUUGUAUACAGGGUGGCCAGAAUAACUACAAGGCUGAGAACAGCGCGGUUUCUAAAUAUAAAAAACCGCGACUCCGUUGGAUAUUUGACACGCCAAAAAUGCCCGUUAGAUAUCUAGGGUAUCCAUGCACACUGAAGGAGGCAGCUAGCAACCUGAAGACUGCUAGUGGAGGAGCUGGGGUAGUUAGAGUCGCGCUACCUCGUUUCACGCAAGAUAGGCACAUUUGGAUGUCGAUUUGCGGAAACUGCCCAGCAAAACUAACUAACUAACUAAUACCCAUUAGAUGUGGCCACAGCGUACGCUUAUAAGUGUUAUAGCUAAUUAGCUAUACAGUUAUUAUAGAUUAGAAAAACAAAAUCCUGGCUGAAAUUUUGACAGCUGAAAAUUAUGGCCGCUGCGCCAUAUAUUUUGUGAUCACUGGAUUGUCAAAAGUCAACUUUUGACAACUAGAGUUACCUUGGUGUCACUUAACUUCAAACUCGGGUAAAUCCAUCCGAUCCUCUCAGCAAAUAUAGUUCGUCAAAGGACUGUGUCAUUUCAAACAUAGACAGAGAGAAUCAUACUAUCUUUAUCUUACACUAGUACUACUAGCACCCAAAAUAACAGUUUUUUUUGUUCUUAUUUACUGACAAUUUGGUUUGACCAACUAUAUCUACCCUAUUACCUAUUCUUAAUACCAAAAUUGCAUAAUCUGACAGAUGGAUUUACCAGUUUUUGAAGUUAAGCUACUCGUAUAUUGUACGGAGCCGUAAAACCAGUUGUGGGACACUCCUCCUUUCGGGCAAACUCGGCUCCGCUCGGCUCAGUAUUGCUCCGAGCAAUUAUUAGGGUUGGCACAACUUGACGUCCCUUUCCGUGCACGACCACAGAUAAGAUAAUGACUUGAAUUUUACAACCCUAAAUAGCCGAAAGGGAUAGUGUCUUACAUUAGAAAGUGACAGCAUGAUUCGUCCCUGAAUCGCUGUCAAACUUCGGGUUUGUAGGAAGUGUCCUCUCUGUAUGGUAGUACUAUUACUUAUUCUGUGGCAAAAGAUCACUCACCAAAGGCUCUGUUUGUUAACCAAAUUUCUUCAAUUUGAUGUGCUCAAUGUGUUUACAACAUUAAUGAAUAUGUAAACUGUAAGCUUUAUUUAUGCAACAUGACAAAUAUUCAAUCAAAUCCGAAAUAAAUAGGUAGAUAACUAGA